AUGCUCAACUCACGUGUCACCACGUCGCUCUUGCAGCAUCCAACCUCCGCCGCUAUCCGACGCGCUUUUAUCUCCAGUUCCAGCUCCCCUUCCUCCUCUUUUCUCUCUUCUCUUGUCAGGUCCGGACCGUUGCGCUUCCCCACACCAACAGCCACAACCCCUUCCCUCCUGCGUCAUUGCUCCUCUGACUCCCACUCUUCGUCAUCAUCAUCAAACCCAAAGUCCAAACUCCCCAACGCCAACCCCUCAUCGGACAAAUCCACCUGGCGCGCCAUGGCCGAAAAGGACAUCAGCCGCUACCUCCGCCAAACCCACGACCGUGUGUUCGAGCACAACCGUGCCUGGGCCGCUGAGAAGAAGAAGGCCGACCCCGACUUCUUCGCCAACCUCUCCGCCGGCCAAACACCAGAGUACCUCUGGAUAGGAUGUUCCGAUUCCCGCAUUCCCGCCGAGCAAAUCACCGGCCUCGAACCCGGUGACGCGUUUGUCCACCGCAACAUCGCGAACCUGGUCUGCAACACCGAUCUUAACGUCAUGGCCGUCAUCAACUACGCCGUCCGCCAUUUGAAGGUGAAGCACAUUGUUGUGUGCGGGCACUAUGGCUGCGGCGGUGUAAAGGCUGCCAUGUCGGCCAAGGAUCUGGGGAUUUUGAACCCUUGGUUGAGAAAUAUCAGAGAUGUGUACAGGCUGCAUGAGAAGGAGCUGGAUGCGAUUCCGAACGAGGAGGAGAGGUAUAACCGGUUGGUGGAGCUGAAUGUGAUUGAACAGUGCAAGAAUGUGGUCAAGACGGCGGGGGUGCAGCAAAGUUACGCCGAGAAUAGCUUUCCGAUUGUGCAUGGAUGGGUGUUCGGGUUUAAUGAUGGGUUGUUGAGGGAUUUGCAGAUUGAUUUUGAGGGCAUGUUGAAGGAUAUUCAGAAGAUUUAUAACUUGACUGAGAGCUGA